UCCCACGGGCUGUACAUGAGAAGCCAAGCUUCUAUGCCACAUAAAUUGGUCAACUCCUCGACCUUUUUUGCCAACCCUACCCUCCGUUUCUUGAGGCUAGCUCGACAAGAAGUAUUGUUGGCAUCAUUUGAGAGAGCCAAAAAAUGGGUCCAGGAACUUCAAGCCCAAGGCAAUCCUAACAUGGUAAUGGCACUUGCUGGGAACAAAGCUGAUUUACUAGAUGCAAGGAAGGUGGAACCAGAGGAGGCACAAACUUAUGCGCAGGAGAAUGGAUUUUUCCUCAUGGAAACUUAUGCAAAGACAGCAUCCAAUGUCGAUGAAAUUUUCUAUGAAAUAGCUAAAAGAUUACCCCGGGAGCAGCCAGCACAGAAUCCUGCUGGAAUGGUCUCAUGGAUAGACCUGCAGAACGGGCUGGAAGUGGAUCUUGUUGCUCGUAGGCGAUGGUUUCGAUUCCCGCCUGUAUCUUCUAAAUAGCUCCUGUAAUGCUCUCUGUCUCUGCAAUCAGAGUUUUAUCUUUCCUU